GAUGCAGUGCAGCCAACUCAAGCAUAAUAACCCAUCCAAGGAGUAGUUUUGACAAUUUAUUUGUGUUUUUUGUUGUAAAAGUCAAAAUUAAUAAUUUUUGAAGAACCGAUACGAUGUUAUCGUCAAGCGAUUCCGAUUCAUCGGAUAUCGAUGCAUUCAAACGACAAUCCGAGAAUGCAACCACCAGCACGUCUCUAGCCGAAAAGCGAGAGGACACACCCGGUCGCGAGAAGCUUAGAUCGUGGCUGUACUCAAUAUUCCGAAUAGUUCUAACGGACAAGAGAAUUCUGGUGGGGACAUUUCUCUGCACAGACUCUGCGGCUAAUGUUAUCUUGGGAAUGUGCACAGAAGACACGGAAAAGGGUGGUGAAGAGCGUAUGUUAGGUCUGGUCAUGGUGCCUGGCCGUCACAUUGUGUCGAUGGAAAGAGAUGAAACAUCGUUACAGGCCAAAAUGCAACGAGCUAUUAAACCGGUCGCAGACGAAACAUCUAGGGAGAGUCAAAGCACUGACAUUCUGUGAGCCAUUUGGGGGGUUCAAUGUACAUUUUGAUAAGCAACAUCACUCAUUAAGUUAACAAUUUAUUAAUAAAAUUCCUAGUGCACA